CGAUGCUUUCCCUGGCUUUCAUUCUGUUACAGUCACAAGAAUAAUCUGAACGUGUUAUUCAGUGAGAAAUCAGUUUUCUUAUCAUUAACACAUGGACAUUUAGUUAAUUCUCUAUUAAUGAGAACUAGUUUCCGGUCACUGAACUCUUAUACAACAAUAAACUACAGAAGUGAAUAGUUUAAAAAAAUUGUUUUUUAUUUUAAAAAAAAGGAUCUAUUUUUAUCCGCAUGUGAAAUAUUGUGUAUUUUCUUCAAGUAACAAGUGCAGUGAUUUUUUUAAAAAAAGAAGUGUGUUCAUUAUUAAUUUGUAUGUCAUUGUCUCGACGAUUAUUUAAAAUGGAAAGUUUCAAGAUGUCAGAUAAGAAUCCCGAGAUGAGAGCAACAGCUGCGAGAAUUUGUCGUGAACAUUUACAUGGAGUUUGGAAACACGUCACCCCGGAUAAUAUUGUUGUUAAACGUAUAAGUGGUGGACUAAGUAACUGGUUGUACAAUGUACAACUGCCAGAAGGCACAAAUCCAGUUCGUGGUGAACCCAGACAAGUAUUGGUACGACUAUUUGGCCAAGUCCAUGGAGAAAGGGCAUUGGAAGGUCUCAUAACCGAAUCAGUAAUAUUCACACUACUAUCAGAAAGACAACUUGGUCCAAAACUUUAUGGAAUCUUCCCUGGUGGUAGAAUUGAGGAAUACAUCCCUGCCCGUCCACUUCUCACUAAAGAACUAUCUGACCCGAUAUUAAGCGAGUUAAUUGUUGAAAAAUUGGCAAUGAUCCACAAAAUGCAUGUCCCUAUUAGUAAAGAACCCUCGUGGAUUUGGGAAACAAUGACUAAGUGGCUUAACAUAGCUACUGACAUUCUGGAGAACGUCGAAGAUAUCGAUUCCCAACAACUUGACAAUGUUAAGGCCAUCAAAUCACUUAAACUUGAACAUGAAAUCAAAUGGUACAAAUCGUUAGUUUCUCUGCAAAAAUAUCCGGUGGUGUUUUGUCAUAAUGACUUACAGGAGGGUAACAUUCUUCUACGGCAAAAUUCCUCUAAACCAGAACUAGUUGUCAUUGAUUUUGAGUAUUGUUCCUACAAUUAUAGAGGUUUCGAUCUUGCAAAUCAUUUUGCUGAAUGGCAGUACGAUUAUAAAGAGGAUAAUCUUCCGUUCUUUGUCGAGAGACGAGGAUUCGCCCCCACAAGAGAGCAAAAGCUGAAUUUCAUCAGGUGUUACCUGAAGAAAAUAGGUAAAGAAGGCGAAGCUGAAGAGGAAAAAUUAAUGGCUGAAGUUCAAGUUUUCUCAUUGGCUACUCAUCUUUUCUGGGGUUUGUGGGGAAUUGUCAACGCCAAAACAUCUGAUAUUCCAUUUGGAUAUUGGGAGUAUGCAGCAUCACGACUAAAAAAUUAUCUACGAUUGAAAGAGAAAUUAAUUGCUUCGAGUAGCAUAAACGGAGGAAUGAAAAGGAAAUUCCUGGACUGAAUCAAAAAAAAAAAAUAAAUAAAAAGCUGGACUUAAUACUAAAUCUCAUGAAAAGGAGAAGGCGCUACUGUUUGUUACACGGAUAUUGGAAAAUUUUAGCAAGAAUAAAGAGAUUAAUGAUACUUAAUGAUGUAAACGAAACAUUGUGAUAUGAUCGUUCUAAUGAGACUUACAGUUUCGUACUAUAAUUAGUAACUCAAAGAAGAAUGACAAGAAUGAAAGAAUAUAGGUGCAGAAAGAGAAUGUGAUAUAGAGUACUUAGAAAAUGAAGAGGUCCCCUGUUUCUAAUGAAACAUUUAAAAAAAAAGUUAUUAACGAAAUAGUCCUUUAAAAUUUGAAAAGUGACUUACUUAGGUAGAAAAUAAUUACAGACAAAUUGUUUAUUGAGAUUAUCAAUAAAAUCAAUGAAAUUUACAAGAGAAUAUAUUGAUAUAUAAAAAGAACUAAAAGAUUGAUUUAUAGUAUUAAUUAAAAAUUCAUUACAAAAAUUUGUAAUCAAAGAAAUCUUUUCUGAUUUUUAAAAAUAGAAAACUUGUAGUAAAAUAAUUGGAAACUGUAUUCAUAUCUCAUAAAAUUUUUUCUAAAAGAAAAUUGUAUUUUAUACUUUUAAAUUAGAAUUGUAAUUUAUGUUUCUGAAAUCGAAUAUUAGGAUCUUUACUAAUCUGUAUUAAAUAUUGUGCUUCUUUGCUAUUGAAAAUAAUUUAUUAAAAGAUUCAUAAUUAGAAUUUAAACACAAAAAAUCGAGUGUUUAAAAUAUUUGUAUUAUGCUGAUUGUAUUUAUACUACGUCGUAUAUAUAUAGUAUGAAAGCUUUAUUUUUAUUCACGUCAAUUCGAUGUAAUGUGAAAGUAAUACAGUGAUUUUAUACCAUU